CCCUUCAAAAGACGAUUAUACCCUCUUCGCAAACACAUACUCGAUUCUCUGAAUCAUUUCUCCCCCAAAUCAAAAACAAAUUAGGGUUAGGGUUCUCCAGAAACCUCUCUUCUCUCUUCUCUGACUCGAUUAUGUCUACUCAGAGCUCUAGAUCCGACAACAGCAACAAAAGUUAUGGAGAGGCUAGCUGGGGACGUGCUUGUAACUGUGGUAGGUCUACAAUUAAAUUGAAGGCAUGGACAGAUGAUAAUCCAGGACGAAGAUUUUACAAAUGUGAUGUCCAUGGCUUUGUAUCAUGGGUUGAUGUUGAGAAACAAUGUAGUUGGCAGAAGAUGUGUUUACUGGAGGCGCGGGAUGAGAUUCGGCGUUUGAAAUCUCUUAUUCAGACAACGAGCUCGGGAGUUAACAAAGAAGAAGAUAAUCAAAAUCUCGAACCAGGAAAUCAGAAGAUCGAAGAAGAGAAGAAAAAGCUUGAAGGUGAGAAGGUAAAGCUUGAAGGUGAGAAGGUAAAGCUUGAAGCUGAGAAGAAAAAGUUCGAAGACUUGAAGAAAAGGCUUGAAGAUGAAGCAAAGGUAUCAAAAGAGCGUGAAAAAUUACUGAGACAAUUUAUUGGAAUCUCGUGGGGAGGAUUCAUUGUAGCCAUUGCCAUAAUCAUAACAAUUUUAAAGUAGUUUGAAGUUGGUUAGUUGUGAUGUUAGCAGUUACGUUUCUUGUUUGGUGUUUUGUUGUUGUGAUAAGUAGAUUUAAUGCUUAUGUUGUAAGAUGUUUGUGACUCCUAAGGUGUUUGGCUAAAACAAACUGAUUGAAAAAGA